AUGGCUUCCAACUCGCAACCACCCCCAGUCUCCCAGGUAGACUCUACCACGUCCAAUCCCGACAUCGACCGAAAAAUUCGCUUAUAUGGAGCCAUUGCUGCCUUCCGUCGCUCCCGCAUGCCAACCAAUGCGCAAAUCGGCGACACGAUCGAAUACAUCAAGGCCAACUCGCCUGUUGACGAGAAGAAGCUGUCGUUUGAGGGUCGCAAGCUCGUGAACGAUAUUCGUGACAUUCUCACGACUUUGUCGAGCCUCAUUCGCGAGAAGAACGACGGCGAGAUCCUCCAGCGUUUUGUUUGGGCCACGCGAGGCGUAGACACCGCAACGCUCACUCCAUCUGAUGACGACAAGACCAAGGGCAAGGAGGAUGUGGCAAAAGCCAAGCGCGAUGCUCAAGAGGCUUCACACCAUCUUCGGACCCUUCUUAGUCUCAUCUUGACCAAUGCGGAAAUGCGCAAGCUGCUGACCGACCUUGGCACUGUUGGACGCGAUCUUUUUGCCAAAACUGCCGUCAAAGCUGCCGAAAGAGUCGCCCCCACCGCAGAAGAAUUGUAUCAGGCCGAGCAAUCCGCACCACAUGACGAGUUCCACCACGAAGAUCCUCUUGCCGUCAAGCCACAACCUGGCCCUAUGGAGCCCUCCGCUUCAGCGUCAUCCGUUUCUGACGCAUCCAGCUCUGAAGAAUCUGAGACGGAGAAUGACGGUCAAGUCAAAACUGCCAAGAAGACAUUGCUUGGUCGUCUGCGCAACUUGCAGUCUUCCAACAAACAAGAUAUCGAUGACGGAAAGGCUUGGCUCACUGACGAUUUCUUUCCCGAGGAGCGUCGUGAACGCUGGAUCUGGCGCGGAAAGAAGGUCAUUAUCGAAUGUCAAAAGCACGCUGACUACCAAGAAUCUGUUCGGUGGUUGCUUAACAUGAUUGAAGCUUGGGCUUCGCGAGCCAAGCAGGUCGGAAACGAUGCCAAGGACGGUCAAGGACUUCUUCCAGCCGCAACUCUCGCUCAAGACCCAUCCCUCCGCUCUGCCCUUUCUCUCCUCCGCACUUUAUUGGAGCGAAUCGCCGCCGCUCCUUUGGAGCCAUUCCUUGCGGCAGCCCGUGUGCUUGCCAAAGAUGCGGCUAACGACAAAGAAUUACAGCAAUGGUGGGUGGCCGUUGGAGGAUAUGUUCGAAAAGUUUUGCUCGAUGCAGGAUACGUGACAGAGCCCGCCUGUUCAACCCGCGCUCGCGAACUGCGCGAUAUGGGUCGUGUGUUCUACAACGACAAAUACAAACCGCACUUUGAUGCCGUUGCCGACACCACUGUAGCUUGGUUCCGUUCCAUGGCCGCAGACCCACUCAACAAAGCCCUGGCUGAAGAUUUUGGAAGACUGACGAGAGACCUGCUAUUCGAUGGAGAUGGAAAUUUGCAGUUCAAGAGCAAGCUGUGGGAGGAUGUGCGUCAGGUUAUUCUCCCUACUUUAGCCGACAAGGUUGGAUAUAUUCCUAUUCCACGUGUCGAAUAUACCGAUGACAGUAUUGAUCUUGUGGUCGAGAACCUGACGCUGUCCGGGAAACAACUCUUCCCCAAUAUUAUCGAGGUUGAAGCGCACAACUACAUCCGUUUUAGUCCUUACUCCUCCCCUCCCAUCUGGCAAAACGAAACCUGCUUUCCGCUCACUCAAGAACACUGA